AUGGCGACCAUAUACGUCGUUCCCGACUCUCCUCCGGAGCCCUCUGGUUACAAAUCCUCCAAAUCUUCCCCAUUCCACUACACUUCCCAGCAUUCUAGUCCGAAUGGAAUCCUUGCAGAUGUCUCCCAUUUCGAGGAUAUAGGCUUGGAUGAAGAUUACGUUGAUGAUCACCGCGACUUCGCUCAAGAAAAGUUUCCCAUUCAGCCAAGUCAACGCGUGUUCCCUAGAGUUGGGCCUCGUACAGCGUCCGUGGCCACAACUAGAAACUUGACUUCCUCGGCUGGUAGGAGAGAGUAUCCUCAACUCCGCGGUAAGGUUCAAGGGGCUUCGGAGGUGAUGCAAUCGCUCAGUCCUCCACGGCCUAGGAGAGCUUCGAGCCGAGUUCUAUCUAAUCCUCCCACACCGUUACUUCAGCUGCGUCCUUCAAGCCCCCAACUUUCGAAAUCUCCCUCCCCGGGAGUGCAACCAACACCAUUAUCUCCAUCCAAUCCAUCCAAAGGCACACCAAUGCCGCCAAGACCCCUGCUUACCACUUCUCGAUUCGUCAUAAAUUCUGCAUCGCAACACCAACACCGAAAAACUGUCGAGGAGUUGGAAGAUGAAUACCAUGAUUCGGAUGAAGACCUCCCCGAAGAUGCAACUUUGUGGAACGUUCCCAUUUCCCCACGUCCUCCCCAUAAUCGCCCUGGAGGUAGGGGUUUUAGUCCCGACCGGAGAAGCCGCGGCCCGCGACCGAUUCCACUUUGCCAUUCAACAUCAGCGCCUGUAUUACUUUCGUCUCCAAAGGCUUCUCCUUCAAAGUCUGCUAGACCGGUGAGGUGCAAAGUUCCAAGAGCCAGUUCUCUUGGCCCCCCUCGGACGCAGCCAUCUCCUCCGUCCCUGCGUGUCAACUCUUGGAAUCUGGUCAUGUCUGAGCUCUCUGAGGAGGCGAAAAUAUUAACAGAAGCGCUCGAAUUCCAUGCUGAUGCUUCAAUCCAGGGACGUGGAGAAAACAUUCAGAGCGUGAAAUUAUCCACCAGAUCUAGUUUGGAGCAGGGAAAUCACGAAUCCCACGGUAUGAUCCAGUUGCCGCCUCUGCAAAAGUCGAAUAUCAUGAUCGACCCAUUCCCUAUCAGCAAAGAAAAGGAGAGAGUCUUAUCACGAACUCGACCAAGCUGGCUUCCGCCAAAAGACCCAAAGGAAGAAAAAAAGCAUUUGUCGGAGUACAAGCGCAUGAUGACGCUAUCUCGUGAAGCUGACAAACGCAAAGCCGCCGAGGCGGCCUCCGCCCAGUGUAAGAGUGACAAUACUUGUAAAAUGCUCCAACGCAUCUGGGACGAUUAUGUUUUCCCCGAUUGGAAUCGUGUCGUGUCCGAGCAUCGUACAAGGGAACUGUGGUGGCGUGGAAUAACUACCCGUUCCCGAGGUGCCGUCUGGCAACGGGCCCUGGGAAACGAACUUGCUUUGACAGAAGAUAUAUACCUAAAAGCUCUUGAACGUGCAAAUCAUAUCCAAACCAGAACGGGGGACAAAGCAAGUGAUGCCGGCAAAAAGAUGAAGGAAUGUUUUGCUGCCAUCCGAAGGGAUGUAUCAAGCGUAUUUCCAGACCUCCGGUUAUUUAGAAAUGAUGGACCACUACGGGAAAGCCUAAUCAAUGUGCUGGAUGCGUAUUCGAUGUACAGAAACGACGUUGGCUACCUGUACGGUGUCCAUACAAUUGCUGCUCUCUUCCUCCUCAACCUCCCUACACCUGCUGCAGCAUUCCAUGCACUUGCAAAUGCCCUGAACAAACCGUUACCCUUAGCGUUUUUGACCGCGGAUCCCGGCGCUACCUCUCGAGCUUACUCCCUCGCCUCUACAUUAUUGCGCUUGAAAUAUCCGCGAGUCUCGAACCAUCUAUACGAGAACUUGUACCUUUCCGACGAACAGAUAUGGGGACCAAUGUUCCAAUCCCUUUUGACAAAUGGUCUUGACCUCGAGCGCGUUAGCCGUGUAUGGGAUUGCUGGGUUUUUGAAGGUGAUAGAAUUAUAAUUCGUGCCGCUGUUACAAUUCUCGGGUGCUUGGAGACGACGCUUUUGAGUAUCUUGCCUGGUGAUGGGGGAGAAAUAACUGCGACCAGAAUUUUAGGAUGGGGCUCAAAGAGUAUUGAUAGUGAACGGAACAGCAUAGAAGUUGACUCUUCUGAUAUCGACAUUAUCAAUGGCGAUGUGAACGACACCGGGAAUGAGCUCAGCGGCUAUUGGAUGUUGAAUCAUAUUGGUGAUAAGAACGCAUUUAUGAAAAUGGUCAGAAUUGUGCAGCAGGUUUAA